AUGUUACAGUCACUCACUCGUUUGACUCUUUUAAGCUCACUGCUCUUAGCCUCUGGCCAGGGCGCUUUGGGCCAUGGCCUUUCCGACCAUGCCAAGCGAUCAAUCGAGCAAACAAUGCACAUAUCCAGUAAAAGGGCUUUAGAUGGUUUCUAUGUCAUCGAUCAGCAGGCUGGAAGUGAAUGGGGCUGCAGCGAGGAAAAGAUCGCCGCGUUGGAGGGUGCCGUCAGAGAUACGCAAGCAUUGGCCUUCAUGGCUUCAACUGUACUUGCCGAAAAGGAUUCAGAGUUUUCUGAUGCAUAUAUCUUUUGGUUUGGAGAGGACAACACCAAGGCCGCCACAAAGAACUCCAUCAAGACUCUUAACUACGAUCCUGUUCAAGAUUUUCUCAAAGCCCCUGGUGCACGCAACCGUGUCGAUGAUAUGAGAAUAGACAACCUCAGCCCUACCGGGCUUACGUACAUGUGUGCUGCCGCAGAUGAUAGCAUGUGCGCCGGCGGAAUGGCUGCAGCAGCCCAUCAGCACGGGGCCGGAGGGUUAUCAGGCCACUCUAUUGUCUUAUGUGACCGGUUCUUUGGGGCCAAUUCACAACAAGACAUGUUGCGGACUUGGAAAGACACGCGUAGACUCAGCGCCUCUUCCGGCUUUUGGUUGUUGCACGAAGUCCAGCACUUAGGAGCCAUCGUUAGCGAUGGUCGACGAUGUGUCGAUGUCCCGGAUCCUAACGAAACUGAUGGCAGCGGCUGCUACGAUGCCAACUGCUGUUCGAGACUCAAAGGCGCCGACAAGAUUAGAAACGCCCAAAAUAUGGCCUUCUUUGCAUUGGAGGUCAUGGCAGAUCCCCAGAGCGGUGCAGCACCCGGGCAGUCAUGUACCAUUAUGAAAAGAGACACAGGUGGCGUCUUACUCGGAGGACCCGAGGAUCUUAUGGCGAGAGCAGACUACAUUGAGCAAGACUUAAACCGUGAGCCGUGUGUCAAGUAA